AUGCAGAGCAAUAAAACCUUUAACUUGGAGAAGCAAAACCAUGCUCCAAGAAAGCAUCAUCAGCAUCACCACCAGCAGCACCACCAGCAACAGCAGCAGCCACCGCCGUCAGCAGUACCUGCAAAUGGCCAACAAGCCAGCAGCCAAAAUGAAGGCUUGACUAUUGACCUGAAGAAUUUUAGGAAACCAGGAGAGAAGACCUUUACCCAACGUAGCCGGCUCUUUGUGGGCAAUCUUCCUCCUGACAUCACUGAGGAGGAAAUGAGGAAAUUAUUUGAGAAAUAUGGAAAGGCAGGCGAAGUCUUCAUUCAUGAGGAUAAGGGCUUUGGCUUUAUCCGCUUGGAAACACGAACCCUAGCAGAGAUUGCUAAAGUCGAGCGGGACAACAUGCCGCUCCGUGGAAAGCAGCUGCGUGUGCGCUUUGCCUGCCAUAGUGCAUCUCUUACAGUCUGA